GCCGCUCACACCUCAUCUCCAUGCAUGGCGGGCAUGCUCUGCGUCGCCCUCCUCCUCACGUCCCUGAUCUGGACGGCCGGCUCUGCGGGAGAUGGCCGCCGGCAGCAGCAGCUCACCGCAGUGCCGCCGAGGGGCUGGAACUCGUACGACUCCUUCUCGUGGAUCAUCGACGAGGCCGCGUUCCUCGACAACGCGCGGAUCAUGGCCAACAGGCUGCUUCCCCAUGGAUACCAGUACGCGGUGAUAGACUUCCUGUGGUACCGGAGGAUCGCUGCCGGCUCGGGGGUGGGCGCGUACGGCUUCGACAGCAUGGACCAGUGGGGGCGCCCGUACCCUGACCCGCAGAGGUUCCCGUCGGGCCGAGGCGGCGGAGGGUUCAGGCCGAUCGCCGAUAAGGUCCAUGCCAUGGGCUUCAAGUUCGGCAUCCACCUCAUGAACGGGAUCAGCACCCAGGCCGUCAACGCCAACACGCCCAUCCUCGACGUCCGCACGGGAAAAGCCUAUGUAGAGAAUGGCCGACAAUGGAGGGCGCGUGACAUAGGCCUCACCCACAGGACAUGUGCGUGGAUGCCAAAAGGAUUUAUGAGUGUAAAUACCGACUUGGGAGCCGGACGAGCAUUCCUAAGGUCUCUCUACCGGCAGUAUGUCGAUUGGGGUGUCGAUUUCAUAAAGCUAGAUUGCAUCUUUGGCACGGAUUAUAGCCCGAAAGAGAUCGUGGCCGUUUCAGAGAUCCUGAAAGAGCUUGAGAGACCAGUCGUCCUAUCCAUCUCCCCAGGAACCGCUGUCACUCCAGCAUUAGCUGAGAAUAUCACACAACAUGUUGACAUGGAGUACAGGGUAACAGGAGAUGAUUGGGACAGCUGGAAAGAUGUUCGCCCACAUUUCGAUGUCGCCAGAUCAUUUGCUGCUGCGAAUAAGAUUGGCGCCCCCGGAUUGCGAGGGAGGUCUUGGCCAGACUUAGACAUGCUUCCAUUUGGCUGGCUUACUGAUGCAGGCGCUAAUCAGGGCCCUCACAGAACCACUAGCCUUACAUUUGACGAACAAACAACACAGAUGGUACUUUGGUCAAUGGCUAAAUCACCGCUCAUGUAUGGUGGGGACUUGAGGCAUCUCGACGAUCGCACAUUCAAUCUAAUUACCCACCCUACUCUCCUGAAGAUAAAUCACCACACCAGAAACAACAUGGAGUUUGGUUAUAUUCAUAGUGAGAGGGCUUCAAAGCCAGAUGAACAAUCGGGUCGCUCAAAGUCCGGCUAUCCGGUGGACGUGACAAACAAUGGUGGAAUGGUUGUUGGUCUCGGUACAUGCAGCGAUAAGAGUGCCAGUGGAUGGCACAGUUCCUCAGAAGAUCGCAUUUGCAGAAGCCAUGGAAUCCAGAAUGGCAAUACCUCGUUUUGCAUAUCCAAAGCAAAACUUCUUCCAACAUCGGAUGGAGUUACCUUGAGCAGUGAGGAAGACCAAGCAAAGUUUCAUCUGGCAGGUAUUGACACCGAUGAUGGUUGCUUGGAUGCAUCUGUCAGUCCAUGGCGAACAAGCUCAGCGAGCCAAACUCCCAUGUUCUCAGCCUGCGAAUGGCAUGCAAAGCAGAUGGAGCAAGUAACCGGAUACGCCAGUGAUGAUUCCGGUAGCGAUAAUGGAUCCUCAUCAUUGAAUGCGAACCAACCUCCCGGAGACAACUAUAUGAGUCAGGAUGAAUCGUACAGUGGUAAUCUACAUGGCAAUGAUGACGAUGAGGAAUAUGAUAUAGAUGAACAAUUUUAUGCAGAUAGUAUAAAUGCUAAAGGUGACAAUGAGCGUAAUAAUAUAGAUGAUGACAAUGCCGAGAGCGAGGUCGAUGCAUCUCGUAGUGGGAGCGGUAGCCAAGGAGGUGUUGAUGGUCCUAGCGGGAAUGAUGAGCACAGCGAUGAUGAUCAGUUUGACCUUGACAUGUGUUAUGAUGAAUAUCAGCAAGAGUCACUUGAUAGGCAUUGGGCAGUGAUGGUAAAGACAUUCAGGUCAUUAGACGAGGUGUACACGUUCUACAACAAGCACGCGAGAGAACGUGGGUUCAGCAUCAGGAAGGACUCGCUAAAAUUUUCGAAGGAUCGCGCAAGGACUCCGCGCUUGAGGAGGUAUCUCUGUUCCGCCGCAGGAAAACGACAGGCCAAGUUCUAUACCAUGGAAGGCUGGACCCGCAGGCUUAGACCGGAGAGUCGAUUCUUAUGCGAAGCCCAUUUGACAGUUAAGCUUGAUAAAAAGCUCAAUCUUUGGUAUGUCAGCAGUUUCUCCGAUGAUCACAGCCACACUCUUGCACGACCGGACGAAGUCCCUUUCCUCCGAUCUCAUAAUCAGAUCAAAGCAUUUGAGAGAGCUGAGAUCUUAGCUAUGGCUGGAGCUGGGAUAAGAAAACAUAUCAUUUUUGACAACAUCUUAGCACGUAUGGGUCGUAUGCAAAGUCACCAUUUCAGAGGACAAAGCUGUAUAACAUGUGCUAUAGGGAGAAGAUGAAAUUGCUUGCACAAGGUGAUGCUGAUACUGCCGUAGGAAUCAUGUUGACCAGAAAGGACAGAGAUCCAGACUUCUUCUUUGAGCACACGGUUGACGCUGAAGGCAGGCUCCAAAACCUCUUCUUGUGUGAUUCGCAGUCACGUCGGGAUUAUCAAGACUAUGGUGAUGUUGUUGUGUUCGAUAGCACAUACAAGAUGAACAGGUAUGGAAUACCGUUCAUCCCUUUUGUGGGUCUGAACAACCACCGUUGCACUACGGUAUUCGCCUGCGCCAUUGUUUCAGACGAGACUGAGGCUACAUAUGUUUGGUUGCUUAACACGUUCUUGAAAGCUAACUGUCAGAAGAGGCCCAAAUCUGUAAUUACAGAUGGAGAUGCAGCGAUGAUAAGGGCUAUCAGGAAGGUGCUUUCUGACGUGUGGCAUCGUCUAUGUUCAUGGCAUAUUGAAAAGAAUAUGCAGAAACACCUCAACCACAAGUCAUUGAAGGAGUUUAGGGCAUUAUUGUACUAUGCCACUACACAUAAGGUUUUUGAGGAGAGAUGGGCCGCGUUUGUGCGCAAAUGACAGACGGAGAAAACAAAAACAUGGCUCCAUAGGAUGUAUAGGAAGAGGACGCUUUGGGCUGCAUCAUAUUUGUCUGGUGGGUUUUUUCUUGGUAUGCGCAGUAAUCAGAGGAGUGAGAGUCUGAACUCCAGCCUGCACCUUCAUCUUGACUAUGGUAUGACGAUCGUUGACAUGAUUGUACACUACGAGAAUUGUAUUGUUCACCUCCGUGAGAUGAAGCUUAUGAUGACUACACGGCCUCACAGACUCUUCCAGUAACAGUGACUGAGUGUCAGGCCAUUGAGUCGUAUGCUGCGAAAGCAUUCACGCAGGCAAACUUUUAUAUGUUGCAACAAGAUAUGAAGAAGGUACAGGAGCUUGAGGUAAUUGAUAGACUGACAGGGACCGAUAGUCAGAGAUUUGUGGUUGCGUGGAAGAAUAACAGGGAUCACAGAUUUAAUGUGGACUAUACGCCAGGUAACUCGGCAGAAACUAUAAAGUGCAGUUGCCGAAGUAUGACUCGCAAAGGGCUUCCUUGCAAGCAUAUUAUUCAUGUUUUGAAUGCACUUAACUUA